GAGGAGAGUAAUUCACCGGGUACCUGGUAGCUGGGCCAGCAUGGCGAUGGCAUUGGCACGAAAAAUGCGGCGGAAAAUUCGAGUCGAGGUUCAAGAACAAGGCCACGCGCUGGCGAUGGCGCUGGUCGUCGGUCGCGGUCGCACUCGCAGCGACCAAGACGAAACUGUGUGGUGGCAUGCGGUCUCUUCUUCCUCUAACACGGUGACCAGGUUUAUCCCCUCCGAAGAGACGUUGCACACAUACGGAUGAUGGUAACAGGUGCGAUUACUUUUCCACAUCCGACUGCUGCUAGUGCUGGAAGAGUUCGAGGAGAGGACUUUCUUUUAGUGCAGCAAGAGUGGCGGUCAAGAUUACAAGCCAAUGCGAGGGUACGUUCAACAUGCGUUUUACGAGUACAUGCUACAUUGUUCUUGAGCAAUAUUUAUCGCGUAAUCGCAACGUACCGUAUUCUUUUGCCGGUUAAAUGUGCGUAAUUGGUUAAUUGAUUUUAUUAUCGAUUGUUGCAAAGUUUCGUCUUACCAUAUUUUGCAUUGCGUCUGUCGCGUGUCUAUAAUAUUAUUUUCGUAGAUGAUCGUCGAGAACUCGCAACUGUUAUUUUACUAGAAUAUUUUAUCAACGGUGUUGUUCGAUGAUCGGUUGUUGAUCCGUUUUUCCGGGCAGUGACUUUUGUUUCAUUGAUUUUUCAAUAGUGUGCGUCCAUUUUCUUCGUCCGGUUUGUUAAUAUGUUGUGCGGGUGAAGAAUACAGCUCUGUAUAUGGAUAAUUUGUCACCGGAAACGAAACCGAAACCAAGAUCCCACCAGCGUCUGAAGAGACCGACAAUGUCGCUAAUCCUGGUGGCGACCAUCGGUUCCAUAUGGAUAUUUAUGGAUGGCGUAGCUUCAGCCAGCAACGACGUGUGGCCCCUAGAAAGGCCGGACGGCAUGCCGGCUAUUCAAUCGCUAGAAGUAAUGUGCGGUAAAGACCAUAUGGACGUUCAUCUUCAAUUUACGCAGCCAUUCGAGGGUAUAGUGUCAUCAAAAGGUCAAUACGGAGACCCUCGAUGUAUCUACGUUCCACCAUCGACGGGCAAAACGUAUUACACGUUUCGUAUCGCUUACGCACGCUGCGGCACCAAACCAGAUCUAAACGGGCAAUUUUACGAGAAUACCGUCGUCGUUCAGUACGAUAAAGAUCUGCUGGAAGUUUGGGACGAGGCGAAAAGGUUACGAUGCGAAUGGUACAACGAUUAUGAAAAGACUGCUUCUAAGCCACCCAUGGUUAUUGCCGAUUUGGAUGUCAUUCAGUUGGAUUUCAGAGGAGACAACGUUGAUUGCUGGAUGGAGAUACAGCACGGUAAAGGUCCAUGGGCUCCUCCAGUUAGUGGUAUUGUACCGUUGGGAUCGACUUUAACCUUGGUGGUAGCCAUAAACGAUUAUAGAGGUGAAUUCGACAUGAGAGUAAAAUCGUGCGCGGCUUCAGACGGUGCAGGCCACAUAAUACAACUAAGCGACGAACACGGAUGCGUUCUACGUCCGAAAAUGAUAAGCAGAUUCGCAAAAGCUAAAAUUCACGACGAACGAGCCUCCGUAAUUACAUACGCUUUCUUCCACGCGUUUAAAUUCCCAGACGCUCUGAGCGUACACAUCAAGUGCAAAGUGGAAAUUUGUCGACACGGUUGUCUAGAUCACUGCCAAUUAGCCGACUCGAUAGAACCAGUCGGCCUGCACCAGGGUGCGUUUGACGAGUACAAUACCAUCGAACGUAAAGAUUCCAGUCAACCGAAUCCCAAAGAUAGCCCGCCCAAAAGGCAAUCAGCACCUUCCAACAGUUUGGCCAAUGAUUUAUACGAUGAUAAAUCGGUCGAAGAUAUUCCAAACGAAGCAGCGUACGAUGACCAGAAUCCAGCUCCGUUGAAAGGCGAACCGCCCGUACCGUCGAAGCCAGAAGUUGGGUCGUUACCGGUGUCUGGUGUCAGAGAGGUUAUCGAUACGUCGCCUCCACCACCUCCUAUUUUGCAUAAUGUACAAAUGCCGCAAAUGUCCAAUAAUAUGCAACCAGUCUUAUCACAACACCAUACGUUAAGCUUACAAAGAGAUCCGCACGAACGUUUUCCUCACGGUCCAAGGAAACUAAAAGACGAUACUGAACCUAGUUUAGGAGCGCUACCUAAUAGUACUAAUAAUCAAAAACCAUCGUCUUCUUUUCAGAGAAGAAGAAGACGAUCAUUUGUCGUCUCGGACAGCAAAGCUAAGAACGCUAACGUCGGCGUUAGCGGUCUGUACGAAGUAAUUUCUGAAGCAGACCUGGCGUUUACUCCGGAUAACAAACAAGAAGCGGUUACCGUAUUCCAAGGUAAAAUACGAGAAGAAGUCGUGUACGGUAUUUGCCUACCGGUACAAGGCUUCAGCGUCAUUUUCAUAUUAAUGGCGUUAUGUGCCAUUCUGUCGGCCAUCGUCGCCGGAUUCUUACUCUAUAGAUACCAAAUUCAACGUCAAAAGCAGAAAAUUCUGCAACAUCAGCAACGUAUGCGACACCAGCAGCAGCAGUACGCAUCGCAUAUAUUUCAAACAUCCGGCGGUGCGGCUGGACUGGCGGUUAAUUCGUUAGCCAAUUGGAUGGCGUUGAGGUUAAUAGGCAAUAGAUUACCGCAAGCCGAAGUAUCACCUCAAAGACAGACCGGAUCCAAUCAUAAGAGUUAAACGUCACCUUAUUAAGGUUUGGUUGAGUCGAGUGCGUGGUUUUUUGAUUCACAGAUAUUAUUGUUGUCAUAAUUUUUCAUGUUCUUUGUUGUUGUCAUCGUGUCGUUGUUAUAUUGUGUGUAAUGUUCUAUGUACUAUUUUAAUAGCGCCUUCGUUAUUUAAGCUGAGCGGUGUUGAUUUCGUGCUAAUGAAGUUUUGAAAAUGGUUUUGCCAUUUUUUUGGUCUGUUUUUGUUUUGGGCGUUUAUUGAUUUAUAUUUAACGAUUUGUGAACUGGAGGGUCGGUAAAUUUACCUGAAUUUACGUUUUUUGAUCAUUGGAACGAUGAAAGGCUCGUCUUAAAAACUUGAGUGUUUCAAUUUUUCAAAUCUCCAGAGAAUAUUAUUUUGAUAAAUUGAAUCAGGUACUUUUCAUUUUUUGUGAUGCACUGUCAGUAAUUUUAAUACCUAUUAAAAUUUUUUCAUUUUUUUUUUUAUUCCAGAAAAAUUGCUUCUAUUUCUGAGAAAUGUUGUAAAACGAAUUUUUAAAGGUCUUUUUACACUGUAUAUUUGUUUCUGAAUUGUUCUUCUUAUGUAAAUGUUAAUCUGUCCGAUAAAAAUAUUAUUUUCUACUCCUAAAAAUACCUACCAAUUUUUCUCUUUUUUUUCAAUUUAUUUGAGAUAAUUUUGAUGGCUAAAAAUACUUCAUUUUUUGAUAUUAAAAAUACAGUUUCAUUAAUUAUUUUAUAGGUACUUAUUUAUAAUAUUUUCAAGACCUGAAAAUAGAUUUUUUUUUCUUUUCUUAGUUUUUUAGUGAAUUUAAAUUUUUUUUCAAAAUGAUAACUCAGCAAUUUAACCUACUUAUUACUAAUUUCGUUUCAUUUUUUCUCAGUCAUUUUAUGACCUUUUUUAAAAAUAUAUACUGUGUAGAAAAAUUUUCAGUAUUUUUAAAAAAUACUUAUGCACUUUUUUUACACCUAAACCUAAUCAUCUUUGUAUUUUUUUAUCAGAUGGAUUUGUGUAUUCCUUUAAUUUUCAAUGGUUUUUUUUCAGUUUGUUUUGUUUUUCAAUUUGUGUUCAUCUUUAACUUUUUUUUUGUUUUUCAUUUUUAUUAUUUUUUUGUUGUUUGAUUCUUUUUCUCCAUUUGUUUAAAGCAGUUUUGGCACCUGAAAAUUAAUUUUUUGGAAAUUCGAUGGAACAUCUUUGCUUUAUUAAUUUACCUACUAAAAAGUUGUUCCUCAAGUUUUUUUUUCAGCAGUUUUUUUUUUAGUUUUGAUUCUUUUUAUAUCAGAAAAAAACUUAAAAUUUGAUUAAUCAACAUUUCGAUUAUUGUCAAAUAUCUCUUAAUUUUUCUACACUAUUCAGUUUUUUUUGUUUUUUUAUUUAAAUUUUAAUGUUUUUACAGCAUUUGAGACAUUUUUCAAUUUUUUGUAAUUUUUUCAUUUUUUUGAUAGAGAAGGUGACUUGUAUUUUUUAAGAAGUUUUUUCAGCUAGUUUUCCCCCCUCCUUCCCCCUCUCAAAAGUGGCUUCUUAUACGUAUUGUAUCAAUAUUUGGAAAUUAGGUAGGUAUUAAGUAUCAAAAAAAGUUACAAAUAGUUUUUUUGAAAUGCUUAAUCAUGCUUCUUAAAAAUUUGAAGAAAAAAAACUGAAAUUCACUACAGAAAUUGGAAAAUGAGAUUAUGAAAAUGCUUUGUGAUGACACUGAUGACUGAUCAUAAACUUGGAUACAUUGCUCGUUAAAAAGAAAAAAAUUUACGAACUUUGAAUUUUUGUUGUUUGUUUUUUCUCAAAUUUAUAGAAUUGGUUGGGGAAAAAAUUGAACAAAAAAAUAUUAUGUCAUCACAAACUAAUCAAUAACGCUCCAUCAAGAAGACUAAAACCGUAUUUCAACUUUUCAUUGGCAAAAUUCAUCGCCAGUAUCUUUGUAUAAAUAAUUGUAAAUUAAUUGUUCGUUACGAAAGGCGUUGAAAGAUAUCUGUGAAGCAGAAAGCUGGUUGUUGUAUUAAUGUUAAAGUUACCUACAAUAUCUUUCGAAUAUCUAAGCAUAAAAAUUCAUUUUUUAAUAUUAUUGUUCCUAAGUAUAUUUAGUUUCAUACUCGACCAGAUGAAAAUUCGACUAUAAAAAAAAAUCUUCGUGCAUUUGUUAGAAAUGAUCAAUUUUGAGCCAUUUCUUUUUGUAUGUAUCAGACAAUCAUCAUCGUCUUCAAACCAUUCAGAUAUACAGUACUUAUGCUACUUAAACAUUAUUAGAGAAAAUACAUUCUAUACAUAAUAUAAAUCUACUUAAUCAUAUUAUACCGAUAUGCCAAAGAAAUAAAAAAGAAAAUACUUUCUCUGAUAUAGGUAAUAAUUUUUUUAAAAAAACAAUGUAAAUACUAUGCUUGAAAACGUACCUAUUUAUAGUAUUUAAAUUGAAAUAAUUUAUAAUAACGAUUACUAGAAAUGAUUUGUGUCGAAUAUAUAAAUUUUAAAUUUUAAAUUGAUUGUUGUAUGUUUUAGUAAAAUUGUUAAAUGUAUAUAUAAAUCAUUAUACAACGAUUCUUACCGCGUUGAAAAACACAUGUGUCAUAUGGAUCAAUAUCUUGAUCCAAUCUUAGACUUGAGGAUAUAAUUUUAAUUACCUCACUUUGAUAAGAAGUUAUUCUCAAGUACGAAGAUGGAACAAACGAAUGAUUUAUUCAAAUGACACAAAUAUAUAUUUCGUUAAUUCUAUGUGUAAUUUUUUUUUCCAUCUCAAUAGUAAAAUUUGUUCUUUAUUCUUUGAAAAUUAACGUUAAUUAUUUAUUAAGAUUCUCGUUGCUCAUUGCUAUUUAAUUUUUUUUUGUGCAUAGUUGUUUAUUUAUUUAAUAUUUUUGUAAUGUUAUACCAUGAAAUUUAAGCGCUUAAGUCAAUUUGUUAUUAUGAAAAGCUAUUGUUUUUUUUUUCAGUGUUAUAAUUAGUAGCUUAUUUUAUUAUUUAUUAUUCUUUCUCUCUAUUGCAUUUUCUUUCUGAAAAAAGAAGUCUUUGGAACGCGAUAAACAAGGUAGUUGACUUGUUUAGAAAAUAGAUACUUAAGUUCUAUUUAUUAUAGUUAUAUUUUGUUCGUUGUGAUAUAACUUAUCGUUGCAAUUAGGUAUUUUUCUAUGUUACGUAACUUUCAUUGACGCAUUUUUCAAUCCGCAAUAGUUUAACGAAAAACCUGAAUUGUUUGUUGAUAAAAAUACUUGUAAUUAUAAUUUAUUAAAAAUUAUUAGCAAACAAUUUAGAAAACUUACGAGUAAUUUGUUUCGUUAUUUUAUUUAUACGUAUGUAGUAAGUUAUAAUCUUCAGAAUGGAACAAAAUAUUCCAUUGUGGUGUACUAAAGUUUAUUGAAUGUAUUUUUAAACUUUUUUUUUUUUUUUUUGAAUAAACAUUUGU